CUUCAUCAGUUUUCUGUAUUGUACAAUUUGGUGCGAGGAACGCGGCUGCUGAUUCUCUAAGCGAUAGAAACAGUUUCUAUAAAAAUCUUUUCAGCAAAAUGUUUACAAGAUGACAUUUCAAGGACUGUGGUGUUUCCGAUUCGUUAACAAACAACGGCUGAAAAUGAAAGCGCUGAUCUUCCCCCGCUGUGUUCCGCUGCUGUACCUUGUGCUCUUUGUGCUCCUUCCCUGUGGCGCAGACUCACUACAGCCCACAGACGAGGUGGUGUUUUUGAACCCGCCGGAGGAGCCGGUGUCUGGAUAUUCCCUGCAGGUCCUGUACUCCUGCUCCCACACCGCUGUCGUUCACCUGGAGGCCUUGGCUUCAUCAGAAUCUCGAGACGUGCUGAGCGUUUUCCACAGGCGCUGGAGCUGCCGGCCAGGCCCAUCCCAGAUCCGCGUCGUGAGUUUGGACCUCCCAGACUGGCUGGUUUACCGUGCCGACUGGAAGAUCCGGGGCUCGGCGUGGGUGCUGAGCGUCAUGCUUAGGGUCUGGGUCACCGCGGACGGCAUCCCUGGGUCGUACCAAAACGCAGCCGCCAGGGCUCUCAUCGUGCUGCACCCAGUGGCCCCCUACGUUCGGCCCAUGAAAGUCCACCAGCUGUGUCCCCGCUGGGAUGUGGAGCUGCUCUGGAAGAUCAGCAAAGAUGAUAUCCCACAAUGCCAGGCUGAAGAAGAGGUCAGCCAUUUCCUGACUUUUGUGUACGCUUCUACGGGAGAAAACUUUGGCAUCAUCAGGACAUUGAAGCGCUACAGCAGCAAAGUCCUGGAGCGCUUGAGGCAGCAGUCCAUCUCCUUUCCAUGGUGUGUGUUCUCCAUCUGGAUCUACAUGACCCAGCCAUGCAAACAGCAUUUCUGUGGACUUUUACACCAUGUGGAUGCCAACAGCAACUAUGCCAGCCCUGUAAUUUUCAUCACUGAUGCAGGACUAAUUCAUGUCCAGUUACACGGGAAGUCUGAGAAGGCAACUGCUUUCCUCAGUACCUUCCGCGUGCCUCGAAACCAGUGGUGUCGGAUUGACACGGAGCUUAAAGGCAAUGAGGUCACGCUCAGAAUGAAGUGCAGCAAUGAGCCACAGUACGCUGUGCAUAUCACAUCUUACACGUCCAUGGAUGUUAUUCUGUUGGAUGACACGGAUGGCUUUUUUGUUUUGGGAGGAGGGCAGUUUGUCAGAGGUAUUGAGGGCUUCUAUGGCCCGGCUGUUUACUACCGCAACAGACUUCCAUCAGUCAGUGAGCUGCCCAACACCAGUCUUCCCGACCCCAUCAAGUCUGUCAAUUUGACGGGAUGGUUCAACUCCUGUUGGCAGUUUAAACAGCAGCUCCUUCUCAGGAUGAAUAUUCGCAGAGUGAGAUCCCAACUGGAGCAACAGUCUGAUGAUUGUGUGGAUGUGUACAGCAUCUGGAUUUACCGAGAAGAGAGAGCAGUUGCAAUGUCACAGUGUUUCCACUGGGAGGGGCCUGUUCCCAAACACCAGCGCCUCGCCACACGACUCAUAGAGACACUAGCAGCUGGGAUUGUUCUUUGGAAAGACAAGCUGAGGAUUGUGGGAAGGGCCUUGUACUCGCAGGCGCUCCGAAGACUGACUCGGGAGGGAGGAACAGAAAGAAUCAGGGUGUUAAUGCCCCUCCUUCUCCAAGCUGGUUGCCUAGGUGACAACAGGGCCCUCUUCCUGGGGUCAGUGUUGUAUCACACAGACCUGGGCAUUGAAAAAAAGCCUAGCAAGGCUUUACUGCUGUCUCUUCUGGCAGCUCAGCAGGACUGGAGGCUUGCUUUGCUGCGACUUGGACACCUACACCACACAGGAGAGCCUGGCUUUCCCCUGGACCUGGCACUGGCAUAUGCCUACUAUUCCAAUAUAGCAGCACAGACCUCCUCUGACCAACAGGACCCCUCCCCCAAGCAGGUGUUUGUGGAGUCGGUUUUCCUGAAUGAAGAAGAUGUUUUGAAGCUGCAGACGCACGAGAACGAUGACCUUUUCUUCUGGCUCAAAUUUCAGGCACAGAAUGGGGUAGUAGAUGCCCAGCAAGCACUUGGUCGGAUGCUGUUUUGGGGUCAGCAGGGGGUGUCCCCUGAUCUGCGCGCAGCAGUGAAAUACUACGAGAGGGGUGCCAUAAAGCUGGAAGACCCUGUAUCCAUGUAUGACUAUGCCAUAGUCUUGCUCAAGGGACAAGGAGUAGAGCAGGAUAUUCCGAAGGCAGUAAAAUUCCUAAAGAAAGCAGCUCAGGAGGAUUUUGUUCCAGCAAUCAAUGCCCUGGGCUGGUACUAUGAGCAAUAUGAGCAGGACUACAAGCAGGCGGUGGAACUGUGGGAGAGAGCAGACUCCAUGGGAAGCCCAGAGGCUGCUCUUAACCUAGGGGUCUUGCAUUCCCAGGGCCUGUAUCCCGGGAAACCCAUCGACCAGUUUAAAGCUUAUACCUGUUACCUGAGGUCAGCCCAGAGGGGACACAUAGAUGGAGCGAUCCAGUUGGCUCAGGUGUGGAUGCAAGGCAUUCCUGGUCGGGUGAGCCGGGUGCCUUUGGAUGCAGUGCGAUGGGCCAAAUGGGCUUCAGAGCAGAAUGGUUACCUGGGAGCUGUCCUCAGGAAGGCAUUGGGCGCAUAUCUUCGUCAGGACUGGUCAGCGGCUCUGAUCCACUACCUGAUGGCGGCCGAGUCCGGAUUCACAGCCGCCCAGUUCAACGUGGGAUAUCUGUGCGAGCACAACCAUGGUGGCCUCCUGAGUCCUGCCUUUGUGUCAGAGUGCAUGUGGAGAUAUUAUAACCUGUCCACACAAAGUCAGGAUCCUGUUCCUUACGCUCUGAUAAAAAUGGGUGACUUGUUUUAUGCUGGUCACAAGCUGAGGAAGAGAGAUGUGGGUGCAGCUGCAGAGCUGUACAAACAGGCUGCUCUCAGGAAUGAUCCACAGGGCUGGUACAGUUUGGGACUACUGGUGCAGGAAGGGGUGGCACUGCCAGGGCCUUUUCUGGUAGAACUGGACCUUUCGGAGUCCCACAGAGACGACAACUACACUUUGCUCACAGCCCUCUACCGCCGGUGCAGAGACCACGAGGAUGAUGACUCGUACCUGCCCUGCAGUCUGGCUCUCCUCAGUGUCCACCUGCAGUUUCUCUGGAAUCUCCACAGUGCCACUCUGCAGUACUUCACCACUGUUGCUUUGGCGAUCAUCUCCAUCCUGACACUCCUCAGAUUGCGGGGAGCAGUCACCUUCAAUGGCCAAGCAGCCUGAUCCCACUUGAACCCACAGUGUGAGGGAGGGACAGGAGACCUAUGGAAACAGGAGGAUAAACUUCCAAAAAACUCUGGCACUGAAAACUGCAGAGUUUGUUUCUUGGCAAAUUGAGGAUAAAAAAUUUCAUAAGGGUGAUGCCAGCCCUAUUUUGGGAUGAGCUAUCACCCAGCUGUCUUGCUGUCCUACGGUAUCAAUCUUGUGUUAUAAACACUGUGUCUCAGAGACUUACUGUCCGAAAACAGGAGCCUCUUUAUCAGAAGCGGAGUUUUGCUAGAAGAGCUCUGGAUUUGUAGUCCCUCAGGGGGUGGCGGUUUAUUCACAAGCAGCUGAGCUUUUCAGGAAAAUAGGAAUAUGAAUAUGACAGGAAUCAUAUAUUCAGGAAUAUGACACUGGAAAAUAGCCUGAGACCACACAAGGGGUCUCUUUUUUGGAUAGUACACAGGUGGAAAGCGUACUUGUUUUGUAUAUUUAUUCAAAUGUUUUCCUGAUGUUGACUGCCCUUCUUAAAUGUGUACUUUCCUAAUGCUUUGUAUGAUUUCUUGGUUGUGUGAAACUGCAGGUAAUAUGUUAUGCAGUAGUUUUUCACUAAAGAAAAAGAAGUAACUUGUGAAGGAAUGUACUCCAGUUAAUCCCAGCAUCAGCCUUAAGGAGUACUUUCACAUUGAACAUACUGUACAGCAUUGAAUUUUAAAUUAUUUGAAUUUUUAAAAAGUGGACUGAUUGGGGAAAUGUGUGGAUUUCAAGGUUGAGGGGGUGUUGGUCUUUUCUGGAAAAAGAAGUGAUGUAAUUUGAGAUUAUAAUAAAUGAAAUAAAGAAUUGGGAAAAGUAUUAAAAAAUGUCAGAGUUGCUCAGUUAAUAGGAAUACUGUUUUUUUAUUACCACUGGAAGGAUAAGUCAUGCUGUUUCUGUUGCAUUUCACUGGCAAACC